GAAAUGGCAAUUUAGAGGGUGGGGGAGAGAGAAGGCAGGCCCAAACUCCGAGCCCAAUACGAGGUGCGUGAAAGCCUCCGCCCCCAGUCCUUAUCUAAAUUGCAGCCUAAAAAUACAGAUGAAAAUUGGUUUGGUCUAUCUGCUGUAGUGUUAAACUCCAUGGUCAGUUGCCUCCAGUUACAGUUAUAGAACCAUGGUGGCGGGAAUGGCAGCAACGUUUCAUUUCUCUUCUGCUUCUUCUUCACCUCUCAGACGUCCAUCACCGUUUUCUUCAGUCUCAUUCUUAUCCAGGUCUUCCGUACUUACAGUGCCGAAAUUUUCCCGCACGUCUUCGCGUUCCAUAUUUCCCAGGAUUAUGGCGUUCUCUAGCAAUGAUAUUAAAGUGGGUUCCAACAUUGAAGUAGAUGGAGCUCCGUGGCGAGUUUUGGAGUUUCUUCAUGUGAAACCCGGAAAAGGGGCAGCAUUCGUGCGGACCAAAAUGCGUAAUUAUGUAACAGGAAAUACGGUUGAGAAAACAUUUCGAGCUGGAGCAACGAUAGAGGAGGCAGAUGUUUUUAAGGAAACCAAACAGUUCACAUACAAAGAUGGUCCCCAGUACGUCUUCAUGGACCUGAGCACAUUUGAAGAAGUUCGUUUAAAUGAAUCGGAUGUUGGUGAUAAGACAAAGUGGUUGAAAGAAGGAAUGGACUGCAAUCUGCUAUUUUGGAAGGGAAAGGUUAUUGAUUUUGAACUCCCCAUCACAGUGCAGCUCACUGUUGUGGAUGUCGAUCCUGGACUUAAAGGCGACACAGCUCAAGGUGGAUCGAAGCCAGCAACUCUUGACACUGGUGCUGUUGUCAAUGUCCCAUUAUUUGUAAAUACAGGCGAUGAAAUAUUGGUAGAUACGAGAACUGGACAAUACAUGAGUCGUGCAUAGAUUUUACCUUGGACAUUUCCUUGCUUUAGCCAGAAAUUUUUGUCGUUGGUACAAUAUUUGAGACUUCUAUCUUCACUGGGUGCGAGAAAUGUAUAUCAUUUGUCUUUUUUUUACCGUAUAUUAGACUUCUAUAUUUACUGGACGAGAAAUGUAUGUCAAGGUUAGCCGGUGCUUUGCAAGCCCCCAAUUUUCUGCUACAAUGUUUGCCUCAUGUUUAGAAUUCAUGUACUUUUUGUAUUGAACUAUGAAAAUAGAAACUUUGAUUUGUUUAAAUAUGGAAAAUAGUACAAAAUCUACACUGUUUCAGUA